CCAGCCGUCCUCCACAUCAUCAGCGAUCUAGUCUCUCUCCCUCCCCCCAACAUUUUUUUUGAAUACUCUCCACCACCGAAACUACGAACAUGUCUUCGGCGCCACCACCGCUUGUGGCGGUCCUCGCCCUCUUGUUCAUAACUCCGGUGAUCGGGUGGCGGCCAUGGCCCAAUCAGAAAAUCAACUCCUCCGAUCUCCAAUUCGGGGGGUCGAAGAAGUUCGAGGGAUCCUCUGAGUUCGUCCACAUGAAGUACCACAUGGGACCGGUCCUGACCGCCAAUAUCACCGUCCACACCGUCUGGUACGGCACGUGGCAGAAUCGCCAGAAGCGGAUCAUCCGCGAGUUCAUUAACUCCAUCUCAGCCCUAGAUUCCAAGCACCCCUCCGUCUCCGGCUGGUGGAAAACCGUCCAGCUCUACACUGACCAGACCGGUUCAAACAUCUCUCGCGCGGUCCGACUCGGCGAAGAGAAGAACGACCGGUUCUACUCUCACGGCAAGUCCCUCACGCGCCUCUCUAUUCAGUCCGUGAUAAAGAGCGCCGUCACAGCUUCCACGCGCCCUCUCCCUAUCAACGCCAAGAGUGGGCUCUACCUACUCCUCACCUCCGAUGACGUGUACGUCCAGGAUUUCUGCCAGAAUGUGUGUGGUUUCCACUACUUCACCUUCCCUUCCAUCGUGGGCUACACGCUACCGUACGCCUGGGUGGGCAACUCCGCUAAGCUGUGCCCUGGGACGUGCGCCUACCCCUUCGCCGUACCAGAUUAUAUCCCGGGGCUGAAGCCGCUAAAGUCACCCAACGGUGAUAUAGGAGUGGAUGGGAUGAUCAGUGUGAUGGGGCACGAGUUGGCCGAAUUGGCAACGAACCCAUUGGUGAACGCGUGGUACGCUGGUGGAGACCCAGUGUUUCCGGUGGAGAUUGCUGAUCUCUGUGAGGGUAUUUACGGAACUGGGGGUGGGGGUUCCUACACGGGCCAGAUGAUGAACGGCGCAGAUGGUGCCACGUAUAACAUGAAUGGGAUCAGACGGAGGUUCUUGGUUCAGUGGGUUUGGAACCAUGUGUUGAGUUACUGCACUGGCCCUAAUGCCCUUGAUCAGUAAUUUUUUUUCUUUUCUUUUCUUUUCUUUUCUCUGUUAUUGGGUUGAUUGUGUUCCUUAGUUGGAAUUUGGUUUUUGUCUU